AUGGCGCCAAAAAGCACGAAGGGCCAGUCCGGCUACUAUGGCGUUCGGCCGCGACGAUUCAGUCGUUUCGGCGUCGUGUUUCAGUGCGAUGGACGACAGUACUGGGUCGGCACCUUCGAGACGGCGGACAUGGCUGUACACGCCUACGACAUUGCCACAUGGAGGCUCGGCCAGCCGCGGCAUGAGCUCAACUUCCUAGAGAUCGAGUCGCUGGCUGAUGCAGAGUUCAUCGGGCCGCUGAUGAACAUUGAGUCCCGCCCGAUGAAGAGGGAGACUUGCAUCGUCCUGGAGCAGAGGAACACACGGGUGAGCGAUGAGACGGCGAUGGCGUGGUUUGCGAGCAAGAAUCCGCACCUCAUGCAGGCGGACGCGGAAUGGUUCUGGAAGUGUGAUCAUGAGAAGAAGAAGAAGGCGGAGGUCAAGAAGAAUGGCCUUCAUAGGUGGUGA